AGGCUCAAGGCCGCCAUGUGGUUUGUCGUUUCUCUACAUAUCUUGCUAUUCCGCGUGACGGAUCAAAUCCGCUCGCCGCUGGAUGAUAAGCAGCUGGUCCUUGAGAAUCUGGUCCUUGAGAAGCCGGUCGAAGUAAGAGCAAGCCGGACCUGCCGGAGCACCGGCGAGCGCGGGGCCUUCGUACUGAAACCCGAGUUGAACUUCCGCCUGCCGCUGGGCGUCAGCUUCUUCGCAGGGCAGAAUUGCACGCGCGAGGUGCCGGUGCGCGUAGUGCCAUGGCUGGACUCCGUGAAUCCGAUCAACGGCUCUCAGAUCUUCGUGUACCUAGCCGCAUUCAAGCUGGAGAGGAGGCCCAACGCCAACGGCCUGGAAGUGUGUAGCCACUCAGAGUUGGGCACGACCUUUAUUUGCCAGCUGGAGCCUUCACCCGAGCGUGAGGGCAUGUCUGCGUUCCUGCGGCAUGUGCCGGGGGUCACAGAGCAGCAGCUGGAGAGUUUGCGGGAGCUGGAGGUGAAGUGCCCUUCAGGGCUGACAGAUUUCAUGCUGGUGGCGUUGCUCCUGUCGCUGCUGCUGGUGGUAUUGGUGACGGUGGAUUUGCUCUGGGACCUGAAAUCCAAGGAGCCGAGCUGUGAGCCCCAAGAUGUCAAAGUGGAGUCGGAGUCGGUGAAAUCUGCGGACGCCCUGGUGAUGCCAAAGCCCAUUAACAUUUUUAAGGACGGGGCUUUGCAGGUCUUGAGGUUCGCGACUUUGACCAUCUCCUUGCAAGCGGUGGUGCUCAACAAGAUCAAGUUGGAGGCUUCGAGCCGCACCGUCUUCUUUGCGGUCUUUUGGCCCUGCACCUUCGGCUUCGCCGGCACCAUACGCAUCCUGCAGACCACCUGCCAGGUGCUUUUGUCCCAAGCUGCACUCUCCCACGGCGUUUGCCUCACCAAGCCGGCGAAGGCAUUGCGCUACGACUACUUCACCGGGCUCGGCACCUUGGUCCUGGUCUGCUGCGUGGGUUGGGCUCUGGCCUCUUUAGGGCUGUAUGCGCUGCUGGUGCUGCUGGUGGGCCUUUUCGCGGGCCCGGCGCUGAGCAUUGCCAGCGAGGUGCAGAAGGCCUGGGGCCAGGAGAAUGCCAUCGCGGAAGCAGAAGGAAGCCACAAGCUGCUGGGCCUGAGGGUCUUAUUUCAUGACAAGGACUCCGUCAAGACCACCCUCUUGGAGGAGAUGCUGGCGCAGGGCACAGUAAAGGCGGUGCCUUUUAGCGCAGUGGUGUUUGCAGGCCGGCGAAACAAUGACAUUAUGCAGGCCUUGGCUGGGCCAGCAGAAGGAACGGAAGGCACCGGUUCCUUCAAUUUGGUGCGGGACGUUCGCUGGCAGCGCCGCGUGGUGCGCCAAUUGACGGGUUCCACUGCCGGGUUUUGGAUCCUCCCUGUCCUGGCCGCGGCGGCAGCUGUGAUGCUGGGCUCUACCGCCGAUAAGAUGGUUUUUUACCUCUGCAGCCAGCCGGCGCUGACGCAACUGAGCCUGGCCUCCGCAGAGGAGUUGCGCUUCGACUCCUGGGGCCCCCGCUUCGCGGUGCAACUGGACGCCAGCCACAAGCAGGUUUAUCUCCAGGCCGCAGCUGCAGAGUCCAUCACCAGGUCGGUGUGGAUUGAAGAGCGGCCAGCAAUCUUCCCACAGAGGAGCAGCACGUUGAAGUCCGUCAGCAUACAUCAGCAGGUGCCGCAAGAGGUGAAGCUGGGCGUCGCAGGCCUAAGGGCAACAGAGGCCAACUACAGCAUUAUGUUCUCGCCAGCGGCUACCUUCCCCAGCAGCAUCAAAAUCAGCGUAAAUUCAGAUUCGCAUGCCAGGCCGUACGACUACUGCAUGCCCUGGGGCGAGAUCCCGGGCGCAGUCAUCUCCAUCCCCACAUUGGACCCUGACUUGCCCCUGCGAAUGGAGGUGUUUUUGACAGAUUUCGAGGUCGGCGUCCCACUUCCUUGCCAGCACAGCCUUUCACAGACCAACUCAACAUAUUCGACGUUUUGCUUCAAGGAGGAGUUGCCGAGAUCGCGCGACUCUGCCAAAUUGUUGGACGCCUGCCAGGUGAAUAAUGAUCCGCACGCCUGCCAAGUACUGUGCCUGGAGAUUUGCCAGCGCAAGCCGCAGUGCUUGGCAGCGUUUCCUGCAACGGCGGGAUGCUAUUUCGCGGAGAAGCUUGGUACCACAGAAUGCAGUGGAGCUGAUCACCAGCACAGGCAUUGGCUGAAUCGAACCGUAUCUGGCGAGCUCUGCCAAGUCGCUAGUAGUCUCAAUUGCAUCCAGGCCUCGCAAACGAAUCGCUGGUCCUUGGUCUUUGAGCUUGUGCCGAUCUGGCUGGAUCGAAAAGCUGACUUGAAGCUCUUCUUAUACUUGUCCCAGGGCGACGAGGCUCUUGCAAGCGUAUCAGAGACCUUGCAUUUGAGGGAUGGGCUGGACGCCCCGGCGCCCUUGGACGUGCUGGUAGCAGUGAGGGCUUGGAACGGCACUGGGGAGGAGCCGGUUGAGUCCCACGUAGCGCUGCAGGCAGAUGGCUCCGUGGAGGUGACGCUGAGCCGCUUCGACCCUGUGCGGGACGUGUGGAUGUAUAUCGCGCCGCUGGUGAAUGACCCACAGUAUGUGGUCGAUUGGCCUCCGGAGCAACUGGUGGAGGAAGUGUAUGGGCCACAUGAUCUAAUAUUUGCGGAGUGCAAAUACAGCGACUUCUUGCGGGAGCGCUUUCAGUUGUGUGGCAAUCGCCUUGGGUCUGGGUGGCCCACCAACGUGGGCAAGGUUUUGUUGCCGCAGUUUGCGCCGGAGGAGUUGACUGCGGCCUAUUUUCAGUUAAAGGGCAGAGACGAGCUACGGGAGGAGCACUACGCUCCGCGCAACAUCCGGGUGAAACUGCAGGGUGUGCGUCACGCCUCCGAAUGGGUCACUUCGCCGCAGUCCCCCUGCUCAAUGAGCCUAGACGUGGCGGAUCCGCAUACGACAGCAGUCAAUUCGAUUGCGGUCUCAGCUGGGCUGUGGUGCACUUUCAUCAAUCAAGGCUGCUCAGAGGUCAGUUUGACCACCCACACCACAAAUCAAACGAUACUGCUUGAGAAGUACCUGAGUGGGGUGGGCAUGCGAUCUGCCCUUCAAAAGCUACAUGAACCAGACUCUUCUCAAGAAUUCACGCGGCUGACUGCCGGGUGGCGGGUGGAUGCAGACUUUUUGAUGAAGGUUCUUCAUUGUGCGUGGCGUGCAGGGCGUGCCAACUCGAUGGGCUGGAUGAGCACAGCCGAUUGGCAGCCCUGCCAGGGUUCAAAACACGGCCCCACUUCCCUUUGCUCGCGAAGUUUGCAGGAGAUUUUCCCGCCUGGACAAGGCGAACUGAAUGUCAAGGAGCUGCUGAAGGUCAUGCAGGGUGGGUACAACCCUUGGGUGCUUCAUUCAUUUCUAUCUGGUGGAACGCCUCUGGACGCAGACUUGCUCGCACGAACGUGCAGCAAGUUUGAUCGCGCGAGCCCCUCUCUGGCUGUGGAGCGAAUGGCCGCCCUACUAUCCACGGCAGCUCGCUUCCAGAGUUGCGAGGUAACGCUUCUGCUGCUGAGAGAGUGCCUCAGCAAGCUGCAUUUCACCAGGAGCAAUAUGCUGCAGAUUGCUACGGCCCUUUGGGUUGUCGUCUCAGAGGAAGACGCAGGGCGUGCGGCUGUCCACAUGCAAGCUUUUCUUUGGCACCCGCUGCUGGCGGAGGUGUUGGCUGACUCAGUUGCGAAUCUCGGCUGCGUGCCCUGCGCGAAGCUGGUUGCCAGUCAAUGGCAAGAAGUGGUGAUGCGAACGGGUGCACUUGCACCUUCGCACCUUCAUCGCCCAAGGGCUUGCAAUUUUGAUUUCAGUGACGCGCUUAAGAUGCACGCGGCGCUGGAGAUCGCACCGGCCACGCGCUGCAAAAGCGCCACUGUUACCAGCUACGGAACCUGGCGGACGACUCAGCAACUGCAGUUGGGGCUUGCAGUGGAGAAGCUGCUUCGUGCUCUUGGCCAGGAUAUGGGGCGAUCUGCGCUGGAGUUCCUACAGAUGAAGCGUCACCGCAUCGGCCAACGACUUGCUCCCGGCACAAGCAAGAAUGCGCAGCGGCAGGUCUUGGAGGAGAUCUACCUGGUCAAUCUCUUCCCCAAGAAUUUCGAAGCCGCUGCAACGGUAGCGAAUCUUGUCCUGCCCGCUGUCCACACGAUCCGGAUCCGACGCAGCGCUAAUGCUGCUGCUGGGCUGCGCGCACUACUGCAAGGGGCGAUAUACCCGAAGCUUGAGAAGAUCUGUUUGGGGGAGCAGCGCAUGAGUGGCGACGAGUUGGAGCAGGCGCUGUCCGGCCGGGAACUGCGGCGCUUGCGGCUUGAGAUGCUCGAGCUGGGUGAGACAGGGGCGGUGCAUUUGGGGCGGCUGCUCGCGAAGAUGCCCAGCCUGCAACAACUGGACGUCAUCGAAAGUGGCAUCAGCGAUGCUGGGUUGGACGCUUUCUGUGGAGCUGUAAGGCAGGGAAGCGGCCUGGGUUUGAGAGGACUGGAUUUGACGGAAAACCCACUGGGGCAAUCCAAAGGCGGAGGCUUGGCUCUGGCCAAGCUGCUGUCCGCUGUGCCACUGGAGAAGCUGCGGUUGCCGACUCUUUCGGAGACAUUUUUGGAGGAGUUGGCGACCGCGCAGAUCUCGAGCCUCCAAGAUGUUGCAAUCAGAACUCAGAGCUUCAGCUCGUUGGACGCCACGCGCUUAAAACAACUCCUGCUGCGAAACCCCCGCCUGCGCCGCUUCAAUCUCGCCAGUCUUGCCUUCAGCGAGGGAAGCCUAGGUCACAUUUGCCAGGC